GUUGCCUCAGGGCCCACAAUAUUAUGUGGAGGCCCAAGAAUGGAAAACCCUCCUCUUUGUAAGGCACACUCGCCUCGUCGCCCUCGCCCUCGCCGUCGGCGGCUCGCCCCUCGCUCUCGCCUCUCGUUGCUCCGUCGCUCGCUGCCUCUCUCUCCUCUCGCUGCUCCGUCGCCCUUCGCCCUUCGCCCUCGCCGGCUCGGCCGGUGGCUCGCUCUCCGCCGCUCACUGCCUCUCUCUCGCUCCGUCACUUCGUCGCACGGUCACAGUUUCGCACCCUCGCCGGCUCGCCCUCGUGGCUGGUGGCACGCCACUCUUGCCUCUUGCUCCGUCGCUCGCUGUCGCUGGUGGCUCGCUACCUCUCAAUUGCCGAUUGGCUCAUCAGAUUCGGCGGCCAUUUUUACAUUUCGCCGGGCCCCAAAAUCUCAGGAUUGUCGUCGGUUGAAGGUCGGCCCUAACAUGAACAUCUUCAAACAGCUAGCGCCCAUCAAAUUUGGGUUUGGAGUUGCUUCCAGGAAAUCUGUUAGAGCAUGCCUUUCUUUAUUCCAUUCGUCCUCAGAUACCUCGGUGGAAGUUCAUUUACAAGAGCAGGAAGUUGCAAUAGCUUUAGGAAGCAAUGUGGGUGACAGACUUCAUAAUUUUCAUGAAGCGUUGCGGUUAAUGAAGCAAUCAGGCAUAAAAAUUACAAGGCAUGCCUGCUUAUAUGAGACAGAGCCUGCUUAUGUGAUAGAUCAGCCUCAUUUCCUCAACUCUGCCAUUCGAGGUGCUACUAGACUUGGGCCUCAUGAACUAUUAGGAGUGCUUAAGAAAAUUGAAAAGGACUUAGGGCGUACUGGCGGGAUAAGGUAUGGCCCAAGACCAAUUGACUUGGACAUAUUGUUCUAUGGGAAAUUUAGAAUUCACUCAGAGAUUCUUACAGUACCCCAUGAAAGAAUUUGGGAGAGACCAUUUGUAAUGGCUCCAUUGAUGGAUUUGCUUGGAUCAUCUAUUGACAACGAAACUGUCGCAUGUUGGCAUGGUUUGUCAGCCCAUGUUGGUGGGCUUUUUGAAUCAUGGGAGAAACUUGGUGGUGAAUCCCUUAUUGGCAAGGAUGGAUUAAAAAGGGUCUUGCCUGUGGGAAACCGACUAUGGGAUUGGAGGGCAAGAACCUCUAUCAUGGGUAUUCUUAAUCUAACCCCAGAUAGUUUCAGUGAUGGAGGUAGGUUUCAGUCAGUGGAGGCGGCAGUUUCUCAAGCCCGUUUGAUGAUUUCCGAGGGUGCAGAUAUAAUUGAUCUUGGUGCACAAUCCACACGACCAAUGGCAUCUAGGAUUUCUGAUGAGGAAGAAUUGGAUAGGUUAAUCCCUAUCCUAGAAGCUAUUCUGAAGAUGCCUGAGGCUGAAGGAAAACUUUUAUCUGUCGACACUUUUUAUUCGACGGUUGCUUCAGAAGCUGUCAACAAAGGGGCUCAUCUUAUAAAUGAUGUGUCUGGUGGACAGCUAGACUCUAAAAUGCAUAGUGUCAUUGCAAGCCUUAAGGUACCUUAUGUUGCAAUGCACAUGAGGGGAGAUCCAUCCACUAUGCAAAACAGUGAAAAUCUGCAAUAUGAUGAUGUUUGCAAACAGGUUGGUUCUGAGUUACAUUUACGAGUUAGAGAUGCCGAAUUGUCAGGAAUCCCAGCUUGGAGGAUUAUUAUUGACCCAGGUAUUGGAUUCUCAAAAAAAACUGAACAUAAUUUGGAAAUUCUCACAGGUUUAUCGACCAUUCGAGCAGAGAUUGCAAGGAAGAGCUUAGGUUUAUCUCAUGCUCCUAUUUUGAUAGGACCUUCCAGAAAGAGAUUUUUAGGUGAUAUUUGUGGUCAACCUGCUGCAGUUGAUAGGGAUGUAGCAACUAUUGCAUCUGCAACAGCUGCAGUUUUGAGUGGUGCAAAUAUUGUCAGAGUACACAAUGUUCGAUAUAACCUUGAUGCUAUGAAGGUUUGUGAUGCUAUGCUGAAAUGGAGGAGACCGCUUGUGUGAUUAGAAGGAAACUUAUUUCUCUCUGACCUCACUCCAGGUCUCCCAUUCAUAAUGGGCCAAAGAUGAGGGAAGUGUGAGCCAUUAGUAUGGAAAUGCUUCAAGAAACUACCUAGUCUCGUACUAAAGCAACUUUGGAAUUCAAAGGACGUAAAGAGGAUGAGGAUUGAACAAGAGUGGUGAUGGAGAAGCGCGAAUGAUGUUGAUUUCCAGGAGUCUGAAGAUCAACAUUUCUUGUGAGAGAAAAUAGAAAUUUCUUGGCAAAAUAAUUGACUUUGAGUACAGUUUUCUCAGGAGCUUUUAUGGUUACUUCUUCUAGAUGGUGUGGAUUCAAUUCUGGUGGCAGCUAUGCUUUUGCUUUUAGCAAGGGUUUGAUCCAUGAUAACAUGAUUGAAGAUGAAGAUGAAGAUGAAGAGGGCCUUUUAGCACCAAAGCUUGGGUAUCAAGCUGAUCAAGUUUUGACAUAUUGGCUACAAUCCCUUUCGAAUUUUCCCUCACCCUUAUUUAGGAGACAAAUGCUAAUUCAAUUAGUCUCCAUUUCCCAUACGACCGCUAUGUGUGCUUGUUUGUUAAUCCUAAAACAUCCAUUAUUUGCUUGCAUUUGCUAGAGCUUAUUUAGUUGGUGAUUAAAAGCUUGUACUUGCUCAAUUUUUUGUUGAUUUAGGCAUUCUCUUGUUUAUUAUCAGCUUUGAUCUAUCGAUAUAUUCUUUGGCUGACUCUAAGAAUAAUCUUUAUUCUAAAUGAUAAACAAUAUCUAAGAAAAACACCUUUCUACACAUUUAUAUUUUGAUAGUUAAUUUAAACAACAUCUAUAUUCAUGUACAUGCAAAGAGCAUUGAGAGAGAAAGAAGGGGGGAAGGGGACCGACAUGAUAUAUAUGUACAUAUAUAUAUGACAAAAAUUUAUCAAGGGUGAUUGAAGAACAUAAUUUGUUGGUGCAAGAGUACUUGGAUGUAUAUGUGGUGCUUUGAAAGGGAUUUUGAGGAUUGCUACAAUAAUUAACAAUGAGAAUCUCAAAUUCAAAGAUGAAUGUGGAGAGUGAUGGAAUGAAGUCGAUGUUGAUCGUCGCCAAGCAUUGGACAGUGAAAUGUGAAAAAGUGUUGGGGUUGAUAUGUCUGUUAUUGUAAGACCACAUAUUUGAAAUGAAUAAUAUAACAUAUUUCAUUAUUUCAUAAUGUUAGAAUAGUCGUAUUUAAAAAUUUAUGAGACAGAUUGUCAACUUUGGUCAGUCGAAUCGAUGAAAGGAAACACCUAGGAUAUAAACAUCCAAAAAGAAAGGCAUAUCUAUGGCAAGUGAUUUAAAGUAGGAUUUUUUAUACUGAAAGAAACCAAAUUGGAGACAGUUUUCAGUACAGCUAAAUUUCAGGCUGAAAAAUUCAAAUUAUCGUAAGAGACUUCCGAGAAGUCAACAAAAGUCUGAAGGGGUUCCGAUUUUAUGUGAGGAACAACCCUUUACAUGGUUUCGGGGAAAAAACAAAAGGAUUCGUGAUUAAAUGUAAAUUUGGGGUUUAAGUGUAAUUAUUUUGGGGUAAAAGUGUAAUUUUUCAUAGUAAAUAGGCUAAGAAUAAUUUUCAAAAAAACCUAAGGACUUGAGGGCAAGGGGCCAAAGUGAUAGGAAGUGAAAGAAGAAGGACCAAAUAGCAACUUGAUGCCCAAAACAUGGAAGAAAACCUGGAAGAAUGGUUGACUAUCGGCUAAUGGCGCCCCAUCGCCGUUUUCGGUGGUGGAAUGGUCAUUAUGGCUUGAGGGGUAGGUCGGGCAACUCGGGGCGACCUGAUUGGUCAAAAAAUUGGCUGGAAACGGCUAUAAAUAGCCAGGUUAUGGCUAAAUUUUGUAAAAAAAUUUGGGCUUGUAGAUCGUCGAUUUUGGGAAGAAUCGAGAGGAAUGGUUAAAAGGCUUUUAAUCCUGAGGCCAUAAGGAUCAAUUCUGGUAAAUUUGGUGGGUUUUUUAAGCAAUUUGGAGGGGCUUUCAAGGGUUGCCGAAAAAUCGGCCAAGUUGCUAGCGCCACAACUAUAAUCGACCAUUUGGGGAUGUUCAGCCGGUUGAUUCAAGUUAUAAGACGUGCCAUCGUGUUUGGGAGGUUGAGGAGACCAAGAAGCAAAAAGAAAUCGGAAGAAAAAAGAGGCCGGGUACUCGCCAGCGACGAGGAGGCUCGCCGAAGAAGACGCGUGGAUUGCACGUGCGCUAGGCGCUUGAGGUAAGGGUUUCUGAAGAAAAAAUAAAUAAAAAACAAAGGAAAAAAAAUUGAAAAAUUUUCAAUAAAUAGGAAUAAGAUUUUUGGAAAAAAAAGUGUUGAGGAGUUUUUAUUUUAAGAGAAAUGAGGUUCAAGGAAAAUAGAAAAAAUAGGAGAAAUUUGAGAAAAAUUUCAUAAAAGUAGGAACAUGAUCUUAUGAAUUUUCACAGAGAAAAAUUGGAGAAAAACGUUGUGGAAGUAUUUAAUUUUGAAUUAUUUUGGAGAAAAAUAAAGAAAAUUAGAAAAUUAAGGAUAAAUAUGGAAAAAAUCCAAAAUAUUGAUUUGGUGGAAUAUUUAUUGAUUAGGAGAAUCUUUGGCUAUAGGAUUUGGAGAUUCGCUGAUUUUUUGAGGUUGACACGUAUUUUGAGAAAAGACACGAAUAUCGAGGUAGCUCGAUAAGUUUGAGAAGGAGUGGUUCAACCCAAAAAACCUGAUUUUAAGUAAAUGGUUUAUCAUGUUGUCAUGUGAGUAUGUCAUAUAAAUUACAUUACAUGUAUUGAUGAAAUAUACAUAUGUACACGAUGAUAUUAUUGAUUACACAUUCACAUAAGGGUUUGAGAGUACAGGCCAGGACCGCUGCUCUUCCAAGGGUGCACCCAUACACCUCGGCACAUUGCAGGAAGCCGUAAAAAUUGGGAGUAGCAUUGAGGUACGGUCAGCUCAAACCAAAAUAAAAUAGAAAAAAUAUUUUGCAUCCAUGCACGAAAUAUAGUUAUUGUUCCCUUACUUAGAUGAUUCAUUAUCUAACCUGGGCUUUGCCCUUGGAACAUGCAAACGUUCCAGAUAUUGUUGUAGCAGAAGUUGAUAAGGAAGAUGCAUGUGACGGCACUUAGCAAAUGCACGAUGAUCUAUGAAUAAGAUAUUGAAAUUGAUGUAUUUAAGUUUUUGCUACUUAACAUUCUGACAUUGAUGUAUUAUCUGAACUAUGGUGAUUGUAAUAUUAGGUUCGAUUCUUAGCUUCCACAUUUGAUAUUUAUGAUGAUUCUCUUUCAAGAUAGAUGUAAAUUUUGGGAUAGAUAUGAAGAAUGGUAUGGUUUGCGUUAGUAUUGAAAAAAAAAAUUAUUAUCUCAAAAUUGUCCUAAGAUAUGACACGUUCGAGAAAGCGGGAUGUUAUAGUUAUUAUGUGCGUAAAUCUGUUGCUAUUUUCUGAAAUUACAAUUGCACUUUAAAAAUUUUCAAACUUAUUUACUUCAAGCAUGUAAAGUCAUGUGGGUCCUUUUGGCUAGGCCACAUGGCUUCCCCUAAAGUCUCAUCUUGUCAAUUAACCUAUGCGCGAUCCCUCUCCCACCCUCUCCCACAUUACAUUGACUCUUAAUCUUCAAUGGGGAAUAAUCCCUUGCGAAAAUAUUAUGAAAAUUCCUAAAAUAAUAAAUAACGCUUGCAAGCAUCAUUUGACAACCCGAAACUCUAUCCGGAUAGGCCAUUUAGAGGCCAAGAACCUGCUUCGGCAGCUUGCCGUAAGGCCCAUCAUCUCCUAGAGAACUCCCUAGAUUGUUCAGUCUUCCGGGAGGAUUCUUCAAACCCAUUCGAGUGCUCCUAAUAUGCAGGUUCACCUCUAACACUUGGUAAAAGUAUUAUGACUAGACCCUCUCUUGCCAGGAAAGGUACAUCUUUAUAUAUUCAUUAAUGACAUUCGUUAUUUAUUACAACUAUUCUCCUGCACGCAUUGACUUAAGCAUCGGAUGGCAUACGCAGGUGAGGAAUCACCGCAUGCCUUCUGACUUAUUUUUGUGAGUGCAAUUAACCUUGAACACAUAGGAGACUACUUCCAGAAGGAUUAACCCGCUAUCGAAAAUACUCCUAAGGGCCUAUUUUAGACCUCGGUCAGAUAAUCGGAGACCAGAUCUACUAGACGCACACUUCCACAAGUAGACACUUGCUGGUUGUCCUCCUUGUUCUGUCGCAAUUCUAGCAUUCCUGCAUUAUAAAUUCUUAUUAUUGUAUCUUUGACAACAAUAAAAACUAAAAUAUAAUAAAUAAUGUAUUAUAAAAUACAAUUUUCAAAAUUUAACAAUGCAAUUUACUCAAUUUAUAUAUAUAUAACAACAUAUAAUUGAUGAUCCGCUAUAUCAAAAUUGCAUUAAAUAUUUUAUCCCAAUCAGAGAAGUUGUUCAAACCCCCUCUUGCUCCGAGUAUAAAUAUCACUGAGAGAUCAGAGAAACGAGGAUCAUUUGAAUUGAAAAACAUUAUCUCUGAUAGCUGGAACGAGGACAGUGUUUUGGAUGUGGAGAUUGGAGAGAAAGGAGGAUAAAAGCCAAGGGCCAAGGCUAAUCAGUAAUCAGCAACUAACAGAUAAACAAGCACAAGGCCUAUUAAGUGAGAUGCCCAAUCAGAAUGAGAAAGAUCGAAGUUCCCGCGUCUCCGCUUCCACCUCCACGGCCCCUUCCACAAGGAUUCCUCGCUCGCCGAUCGAAAGCCAUUUGGCGUGUUCUCAUCAUUUUGAAUCUUGCCCUUGGAGGUCUCUCUCUCUCUCUCUCUCUGUGGAUCGAUGUGUACAUUAUGCAUUUGCGUAUACAUUUGCAUACACAUGAGAAUGGAAAUCCCUGUCGGGUUUACAUCAGAAGAUAAAAAUGCAAACUGGGCAUUUGAUUUUAUUAUUAUUGCGUUGAAAAUGAAAUUCGGGUUUUAUGCGUUUUUUAAGGUUAAUAGAUGGUGGACGCAAUUUGGUAUAUUAUGUGUUUGAUGUAUUGACUCUGAGACGGGUUUUUAGCUUGUUCUUGGAUUGGUGAUGAAGGUAGUGUUUUAAUCAAGUACAUUAUUUUCGAAGAGAGAGUUUUGAUGAAAUACGUGCCACAAACUGAUGACUGAAAUAUUUUUCUUCUGUCCGGUUCACCCAUCAAUGUGCAUUAUUUUUUUUUUUUUUUUCAAAGCUCUGUAGAUUUUAUGGAGAGUCAUCAGGCCUAUACAAAGAAUCAUGUCUAUUGAUAUCUUGUAUUGGGCUUGCUCUCAAUAAAGGUUAAGGAUGGGUUAAGGGAAGAAUUUGUCACGAGUAUUCUCAGGUAUUUUUCUCAGAACUGCAGUUGCCUAAGCUGUGAAUUGUGUUUUCUUCGGGGCUUAGAACUAUGUUUUCGUUAAGCUUUUUUGUCAUGAGUUCUUUCCUCUCUCCAAGUCUGUCCAAAUAUAAUGUGAAUUUAGGUUUGGGCGCUAUCUGCUCAUUUUGAUGUCCAAGUUGUAGAGGAAUGGGGAAGAGAUUGAUAGAAGGAUUAAAUUUUUGAUAGGUAAAUAACAUUAAAAGAAAAGUGCCGAAACAGGACAAAUUAGGUUUAAAAAAAAACUCAUCUAUAAACAGGGCAGAAGAGGGUAGAUAAAAAGAUGAAAUUUGCUUCCAAGAAGAGGUCCCUUGAGAAAAUGUGUUGGGCUCUCUUUAGCUCCUAAAGCUCUUCUAUUCCUUUCUAGCCAAAUGCUCUGCAUUACAUGUAGUGGAGUGAAAUUCCAAAUGCUUCUCUUCUAUGGCUCCUCCUUGGACAAUUAUAUAAUGAAGAGUGUAAAAUACCUGAAACUAAAUCUGGGACCACUUAAUUAAGUCCAAACAAAGCAAAGAUGGGGCAACACUGGCAAUGCAGAACUCAACUGAACAAUGUAGGAUAAGGUAAUCUUCUGAUUCCCCAAACUUCUUGUAAUGAAGCACCAGUGAACUCAAAAGGCCUACUCUUCCUCAGAUUAUCAAUUGUGAGGUUGGAGCCAUAUGAGUAGUCUGUGUAAAGAAGAUUGUAUGUGAGACGCUUAAUCUCCAUUCAACCCUUCCAAGGAAUGCAUAUCUCUCCACCAUCACACAACACAUCAUAAUAAGACCAAGCAAUACAAUCAGUAACGCGCUAAUCAUGAAAUAAACCAGUAAAAGUUGUGAGGUAUUAAUAUUCCAAUCAGGAAGAUGAUGCCUAAAGUAUGUGAUCAACGGACAAUACCCUCUUGAUAAAAGGAAUAGAAAUCCUCCAUAUAAGCAUUUUUAUCCCUGGUCAACCCACAAAGAUAUACAAAACCUGGCAAAGGCACCCAUGCCCAUGCCAGCUGUUAGGCCAAAACUAAACCUUUGAUCCUACCCUGACUCAAUGAAAUAUUUUUCUGUGUUUGUUUCCUUCUUACUUAAUUUCUAUGCAUUUUUUCCCCCCAAUUUCUUCCUUUUUUUUGGAUUAUAAAAGGAAUAAAGUACUUCACAAACAUUUUUAUCUCUGGUCAACUCAAAAAGAGAUAUGGAAAAACUUCACACAGGCAACUAUGUCCAUACCUACUGUUAGCCCAAAACUUUACCUUUGGCCUAUCCUGACUAUGAAAUAUUUUUCUCUGUAUUUUUUCUUCUUCCUUUCUUUCUAUUUAUUUAAAUCUUCUAUUAUUUUUUUCUUCCUUUUGUUUUAGAUUGGAAAACCAUCUUUAUAUUUCUGCAGGAGUCUAAUUCAGAAUGCUAUUUAUUUGAACUGAAACUAUGAAUUUGGUGAAAUCUAGUUCUUUUAUUAGA